GGGGGGCGGAGCAAGAUGGCGGCGGUACCGGCGCUCCCGGUGUCCCUGUCGGGCAGGUUUAAGGGAUCCUAUGCAUAUUUUACAAUUAAAGACAGACUUCCCCAGAUCCUCACAAAAGUUAUUGAUACUUUGCAUCGACAUAAAAAUGAAUUUUUUGAAGAACAUGGUGAGAAGGGUGUUGAAGCAGAGAAGAGAGCCAUAUCUUUCCUCUCCAAACUGCGGAAUGAGCUGCAAACAGACAAGCCAGUGACCCCUCUGGAAGAUGAGUUGCCCGAUGCUGCGCUGUGGAACCGAUACCUGGACUACCAACGAAAUUUAUCAAAUGGAAAUGGAGAACCAAGUUGGUUUCAGUCCCCUUGGCUGUACGUAGAGUGUUACAUGUAUAGAAGAAUUCAUGCAGCAUUAGCACAGAACCCACCUAUUGACAACUUUGACGUAUUUAAGGAAGGAAAGGCUCAAAAUUUCUUUGAAUCCCAAGAAGCUAUUAUUGCCUUAUGCACUUACUUUCAGGAACUUCUUAAGAACAUCAAGGAUCUAGAUGAAAAGCAACUUCAGGAGGAACUUUUUAAGCUAUUGCAGGUGUCAUUGUGGGGCAAUAAGUGUGACCUUUCUUUUUCAGCUGGUGAAGAUAGCUCUCAGAAAUCUAGUCCUUUGCAAUCCCUGGAAAACAUGGUACCUUACAUCUUAGUGGAUGAUAUGGAAAAAGUUUGGUCACUACUUGUAAAUGCCAAAAAAAAUGGAACAGAAAGAAGUAAUGUUAGAGUUGACAUAAUCCUGGAUAAUGCUGGAUUUGAACUUGUAAGUGAUCUUGUGUUGGCUGAUUUCUUGUUGUUGUCAAAGCUGGCUGAUGAAGUCUAUUUUCAUGGAAAAAGCAUUCCAUGGUAUGUAUCAGAUACCACAAAACAUGAUUUUAACUGGACUAUUAGACAACUGGGGUCAGCUAAUCAUAUGUGGAUGUCUAGAUGUGGGGUAAACUGGGAGGGCAAUUUGAAAAAGGGAGUUUGGGUUUUCCUUGACCACAUGUUUUGGACUUUACCACAUGAUUUUUCCAAUAUGAGUGAAGUUGCUCCUGACUUGUAUGCUGAGCUACAGAAGUCAAACUUGCUUCUCUUCAAAGGUGAUCUAAACUAUAGAAAAUUGACAGGAGAUAGAAAAUGGGAAUACACUGUCCCGUUUCAUCAAGCCUUGAAUAAGUUCCAUCCUGCGCCUCUCUGUAGUUUGAGAACAUUGAAAUGUGACACUCAGGUUGGCCUGAAACCUGGACAAGGUGAGCAAAUUCAGGCUUCUGAACCUGAGUGGAUGGAAUCUCAUGAUCACGUUCUUUUGGAUAUUCCUGUCACUAGAGAGCAGAUGAAUCAUUAUCGAGCUGCAGCUGAAACUGCUCAAAGUGAACUUGCAGCACUUUCAGUGAAGUAUGACUGUGCCCAGUCAGAGCUGCUUAAACUCAGGUCGAGCAUGAUCUCUAAAGAAGCUUCUUUUCAAGAGCUGAAGGCUGAAGCUGAAAGCCAUAAGGAAAACAAGGCCAGACUGAUGUCUCGCCUCCUGUCUUUGCAAACACAAAUCCAGGAGAUGGAGGAAGAGCUGUGCAUGCUUGCUGCUUCUAAAAACCAGGCUGAGCUGGCAGCUCAGGUGGCACGUAAGGAAAACUUGGAGCUGAAGGAGGAGCUCCGUAAGAAAAGUGCAGAACUUAAUAAAUAUUUGAAUGAGUGUGAAGAAAACAUGACUCAAGCUUCUAAAAUCAGUAAAAACUAUGAAGAGCUCCUUACACAUCUUUCUGGAUUCUUGGACAUAGACAUCAGAGAAAAAGAGAAACCACAAGAACAUUUAACAUCAAAGGUCUCUGAAAUAUGUAAAGAAAAUGUGACACUAAAAGACCAGGUUGCUGCUCUUCAAGAAGCUGUGAAUGUCCAUGAGAUGGAGUCUAAAGCUAACAGAGAAACUAUCAUGAGACUGGUUUCAGAAGUGGCCAAGGAGCAGAAAAAGGCAGCAGGAUACUACCAAGACAUGGAAAAACUUAGUAAGGAUCUUGACAGUGCUAUAAUAAAGAAGCAGAGUUUAGAGAUGGAGAUCAGAAACCUCCAAGAGAAACUGACUGUUAAGCAGAAAGCUUUGGACACCUCAAAGCAGGAGCUGCACAAUCUGAAGAAAUCUUGCAGUGAGUUAGAUGCAAGCUUGAAGAGUAGCAGAGAAGAGGCCAGGUCUGCUCAGAGCUCUUUAGAGGCUUUUAAAGAAGAAAUUGCUACCCUGCUCAGCUGUGAAUCUGCAAUAAUUAAACCUUCUGGGAACGCCAUUUUGGAGAGGAUCCAAGAAAUAAAUUGCAAAGAGAAGAAUAAUGAAAUAAUGGUAUCUCAGCUUGAAACGCAAUUAGCUAAAUUGACUAAAGCUUUGGAAAAUCAGACCAGAUUGUACCAUGAAGCCCUGGAGAGGAGCAGGAAAGCUGAAAAAUGUUCUGAGAAUUUCCACGAUCAACUGAAGCACUUGGAAGAGGAAUUAUUAAAUGGAGACCUGAUGCAAGAUGGUUUGAAGCUUGAGAAACAAAAAUAUAUGAAAUUUCUGGAGCAACUUAAUGAGAAGAUGAAGCUGGACAGUCUAGCAGGAGAGGUUGGAUUUGAUAUGGCCAUGGAUGUGAUUCUGGCCCGGGUAGAGCAGCUGGUGAAACUGGAAGGGGAUGCAGUGGUUGAGAACAAGACUGUGGCAUACAGCCUCAGAAGGAAGUUGAAGGCUCAGAAAGAAAAGCUAGAAAGCAGAGAGCUGCACAUGAACCUUCUGCGGCAGAAAAUAACCCAGCUGGAAGAAGAGAAGCAAGUAAGGGCUGCCUUAGCUGUGGAAAGGGAUGAGGCCAAUCUCACUGUCAGAAAGUUACAUAAGAUGAUCGAGAGGCUACAGAAGCAGCUUGAUCUGGCAAGGGAAGCAAAUACUGAUCUCAAAGCCAAGCUGUCUGAAACCAGCGAACUUAAGAUCAAAACUUUGGAGCAGAACAGAACGAUAGAAGAACUCAAUAAGUCUCAAGACAAAUUGGAAAGAAUGAAAGAAAAAGCUGAGAAACAACUUAGAUCUGCCAAAUCAGAACUUCUUUUAAAGGAGCGUAAAGCUACUGAAGAUAAAGAAAAAAACAAAAAUAUGUUAGAAGCAGUCACCAGUGAGAUGAAGGUGCUUAAAACAACCCUUGCAGAACUAGCAAAAAGAGAGAGACAGCUGGCAGAUUUCCGAGAGGUGGUCUCGCGGAUGCUGGGCCUCGACAUUGCCAGCCUGGCUCUUCCUGACUAUGAAAUCAUCUCACGCCUUGAAGGGCUGGUCCACUCCCAUCAGCACCACUUCUUCCCCUGUGUCUGCCUCAGGGAUGUGGCAAGGACCCCAGAGGAGCAGCAAAGAAACGUCCAGCUUCUUCACUGAACGGAGACGGAACAAAGUAAAAUUCUCUGUUGGCUUCCUUACCUGUUGGACCUCCACAGAAAACAGAUCCCUGUUUCUGGUCCCUACUCCAGAGUCACCAACCAGGGCUGAUUUUUAGAACUUCAACGGAGAGACUGAUUGGAAUGGGUAGAGUCAAGCCAGCAGCCUGGAGAUGGCAAACAAAAAAUCCCUGGGCAGCUUACUACUUCAGUUAUGAAAAUGAUAGGCAACACAUCAACAAUGCCCUCAAGUUACAGUGCAGAGGCGUUGGAGUCAUGGGUCACCCAAGGUCAGCUCACAGUUUUGAGAAGUUACUUCAGUGGCAUUCCUUGUGUUUUACCUCUAGGUGACAAGGAUGAAAUCAAGCAGGGGUUGCUCUGCUGCUGUUCUUCUUGCCUCCUGGGACAUCUCUGCAUUUUUACACAUAAGGGCUUUAGCUUCAAGAUAAUUGUCUGCAAGAUUGAAGAUUAUCUUAAUUUUGGAACAAGAGUGGUUUUUUUUCUUCUGUUGGUUGCUUUUGUCUGCUUGUAUGGCAAAACAAAAAAAAAUAAUUUUUGCAGCAAAGGCUUUCUCACAGUGUCCCGUCAUGUGCCUCAUAUAAAUAUAUUUGAUAAAAUUGAGUGUUGGCCUUGGUCUUGAUGUCUUGAAAAGUUUGCUUCCAGCUGCUGUAUUCCUUGGGCAAUUAAUCCACAGUGGUAAUUCUUCUGGGUUAAUGAAAAAUUAUUUUAGAAUUCUUGUUCACUACAGAAAAUAGCUGAACUACUAAAGUGUUUAUUUUCAGAGAAGGGUACAAAACUGAUGUUGAGGUGUACAAAACUACCUCUUAGUAGUAAAAACUGCUUUCUGAGUGUUGUUAAACAUCAUGAUUUUAAAAAAAAUUAAAUAUAGACAAUAAAUCUGUUUUAAUAGUACAUUCAAACUUGAUUCUGUGGUUUUAGUUUCUCUUCCCAUUAUAUGUUUUGUAUGGUUGUGUAGAACAGUAAAGAUGACUUUCUUAUUUUUGUCUUGACCAUUUGUGGGCUUUCUACAGUAUCUCAGCGAAUGAUGACCCACUCAGUAAAACUGAACACACUAUUUUAAGAAAAAUAACACUUUUUCAAGUAAGAGUGGUAAUUUUGGUAUCUGGCUGGGGACUUGAAACACGUUUUUAUUUCAUUGGCUUCUAAAGAAUUAUUUCUCAUUGACUUGCUGUAAAAUAAAGAAAUAAACACUCAAGCUUUUGUAAAAUCAGUCAUUUGAGAAGAUAGAAAUAAAUCUUGUGUAAAUUCUUAUGCUCCUAUGGCUAACUGGAUUGAAAGAAAUUUAAUUUUUUGUUUUGCAAUGUAACGUUGUUUUGGGGGAAUGACUUCAAAUGGAAAGAGAGCAGGUUUAGAUUAGAUAUGAGAAAAAAAUUCUUUUUUGUGUGGGUAGUGAGGCGCAGGUCGCAUAGAGAACUUGUGGAUGCUCCAUCCCUGGAAG